AUGGAGUUUCUGCAAAACCACCAUACAGCCAACAGCUCGGAGCCGAGUUACACCCUCGGCACAGCUCUGGGUCUGUACUCUUCAGGACCGGUCGGGAUCGAGGCAAGCAUCCCUUGUGGCCCUUGUGGUCCUAGUGGACUUUGUGGCAAUUCUCUGGGAGUCUUAGGGAGUGAAGACACUUUGAAUGACCACGAGCAGCACGAAGAUGCCGCCAUUGCUCUAGGCAGUCUCCAGGAGCUGCAGGCCAGCCCUAACGACGACAUCAACGAGCAGCAUACUCAGAACCAAGGACAGGGCCAAGUUGUUGGGGAAUUUGGGGCCAGUUUUUGGGUCGACGACAUGGCGGGAUUCCCUUUGCCGCCUUUGGAUCUAGAUCCUUUACCUCCUGGGCUUUUUAGUCCUUGUUCUGCGACUUAUAACUGGGGAUGCACGAGAUCAGAUUGCGUACCCAGGCCAGGGAAUCCCAACGGCGAGGGUGUAGCUGACGUUCUUCUCUCGCUAAAACACGCUGUUGUGCAUCCUGGGAGUCCGACAAGCGGAUACUACAGCCCGCCGAAUGCUAACCACCACUAUUCUCAAGACUAUGGCCAAAACUUGGCGCCUCCACCUGUUCCUCCGAGUCAUUACGCGACUGGACCUGCAAUGUCGGUCAAUGUUUCGAUGAACAUGACGAUGAACAUGAACAUGCAUCCUGGCUACGAGCAGAAUUAUGCAUCCGCGUGGGGCGUGGAGCCUCUGCUGAGUCCCGCCCCUCAAUACAACCCCGUGCCUGAGCCCCAGUCGAGGGUGAAUCAAGUCCCGACCAAUGGAAUCAUCGGAUCACACACCCCGCAUUCUCACCCCCAUGCGAGAUUGCAACCACCGAACGAGCACGCGCUCUGUGUCGCUUCCGGAGCUGUAUCUAAUUCUAGCGAUGACAAUGGCAGGCCGAAUUUAUGUAGAAUUUGUGGGAAAACUUAUGCACGCCCGAGCACUUUGAAGACUCAUUUAAGGACUCAUUCUGGUGAAAAACCAUUUAGGUGA